AUGGAGGAGCACACCAAGGCGAUCGCGGAUCUGACCGCGGCAAUCACGGCCCUCGCCACCAAGAUCGAGGACAUCCACCCCGUCGUCCAAGAGCUGCAAGGAUGGCGGCCCCAGAUCGAGCAGUCCGUGGAGGAGAUCCGAUCGGAGAUGAGUCACUUGCGGACUCAGAUCGACAAGGCCACGCUCCCAUCGCCGGUGGACACGGCCACGACGACCGCUCCACCACUGCCCUGUCCGCGGCUCAGCGAGCUUCCGCCGCUACUCCCUCACAUCGCGGAAGGAUCGCGGCCCCGAUUACCACCACCGACGGCCGACGCAUCUCAUCUGCGCGCCGUCGACAUCUCAGCUCGUGGUGACACCAGGCACGGGCCCGAUGGCCACGGCGUUUUCACUGAUCUUCGGGGGAAAUCGUCAGGGGAGAUCCGCACCCCGCGAUUACCUCCGGCCACUGGUACGUCCGACUUCUAUCACCAUGGCGAGCAGUCAUUUGCGGGGGAUCGUGGGUACUUUAGAUUGCCACCACCGCCGCGGUUUGAUUUUCCAUUGUUCGAUGGAUCCAAUCCGCGUGCCUGGCGUCUCAAAUGUGAGGCAUACUUUCGGGUGUGCACCUUGAGUGCGGACACCUGGGUUAGUUGUGCUGCGAUGUAUUUCACCGACAACGCACUGUCAUGGCUGCAGUCGUCGCAAGCCCAUUUGCAUUACCAGGAGUGGGGGGAGUUUGCAUCUGUUAUUUGUGCACAGUUUGGUAGGGAAGAGUUUCAGAAUUUGUUGCGCCAGUUCAAUCGCUUGCGACAAACGGGCACUGUCACAGAAUACGCGGAGCAAUUCACUCAGUUGAUGCAUAACUUAUUAGCUCAUCAUAGCUCUUGGGAUCCUGCAUUUUUUGUCACCCAAUUCAUGGACGGAUUGCAACGUGAUAUACGUGCUGCAGUUGUUUUACAUCGACCCCAAAUGCUGGAUACUGCUGUGGAUCUCGCGUGUUUGCAGGAAGAAGUGGUGGAGGCUCUUCAGCGGGACGAGAGGCGCCACCCCGCGCUGCCGCCAAGCUCUCAAGGGGGGCGGGCAAUCCCUCGUACGGCCCUGCCCUUACCCCCACCACCAUCAACAACCGCUCGGCAAGGGGGUACUGCAUCAGCGUCACGCCCACCGGAGAUGACCCGAACUCCACCAAACGACGACAAGCUGGCGACCCUUCGGGCCUACCGUCGCGCCAAAGGGCUCUGUUUCACUUGCGGCGAGCGUUGGAGCCGCGAGCAUCGUUGCGGGCCAACUGUGCAACUUCAUGUAGUGGAAGAGCUGAUCGAGAUGUUGCAAGAGCCAGUACAACCGACACCAUCCACAGAGUCCACACCAAGUGAAGCUGACUGUUGCGUGCUCUCGCAAGCAGCAGUGGACGGUGCUAAAGCGCCAACGACCAUGCGCUUACAUGGCUGGGUUCAAGGCAAGGAGGUUCUCAUGCUUGUGGACUCUGGUUCAUCCCACAGUUUCGUGAGCACUGCUCUGGCCACUCAUCUCCAAGGAGUUAAGCCCGCUCAACGUGCUCUAUCGGUGCGGGUGGCAAAUGGCGGUAUUCUGCAGUCUGACCAAGAGAUCCCAGCGUGCAAGUGGAAUUCGCAGGGGGUCGAUUUCACCACCAAUCUCAGGGUUCUUCAGCUGGGCAGUUAUGAUGUAAUUCUUGAAAUUGACUGGCUGGCUCACCAUAGCCUGAUGAAGGUACACUGGCUGGAGAAGACCAUGGUGUUUCAGCAUGAUGGACGAGAAGUGCAACUCUGUGGGGCUCGAGCAGAUGUCACCCAGUGUCAAAUGAUCUCAGGAGCGGAACUACACGAAUUACUGCAACAUACAGCGGCGGCCAGAGUGGUCAAAUUAUGUACCGUGGCAGAAGACACGAACGAUCCUCCAAUUCCUCCGGAGGUGGCUGAACUCUUGGAACAGUAUGCCGCACUGUUCGAGGAACCCAAAGGUCUACCACCACAACGCUCGUUUGAUCAUUCCAUUCCCUUGGUGCCGGGAGCUCGACCAGUCAACAUACGACCCUAUCGGCACAGCCCGGCCCAGAAAGAUGAGGUGGAACGGCAAGUCACUGAGAUGCUAGCUCAAGGAAUAAUUCAGCCAAGCUCCAGCCCUUUUGUGUCACCGGUCCUAUUGGUUCAGAAGAAGGAUUUGACUUGGCGAUUCUGCAUUGAUUACUGGCAUCUCAACGCAAUCACAAUCAAGAAUAGGUUUCCCUUACCAGUGAUUGAGGAACUUCUCGACGAGCUGGCAGGGUCGUGCUGGUUCACUACCCUCGACUUGCGCUCUGGCUAUCAUCAGAUUCGCAUGAAACCAGAAGAUGCCCACAAAACAGCCUUCAAAACACAUCAUGGUCAUUUCGAGUUCAAGGUGCUGUCAUACGGCUUGACGGGAGGGCCAGCUACUUUUCAGGGCGGGAUGCACACGGUACUGUCACCCUUACUGCGCCAUGGAGUCCUUGUGUUCAUCGAUGACAUCUUAGUACACAGCAAAGACAAGAAGACACAUGUGACCCUGCUACGACAAGUGUUCCAGCGUCUCCAAGAGCAUCAGUUCAAGCUCAAGCGAAGCAAAUGCUUUUUUGCUCGCCCCAGGCACUUAUACCUGGGACAUGAAAUCAGCGGGGAAGGUGUGCGGACGGAUAACAGAAACAUCAGCGCGGUUCAGACUUGGCCCGUACCCACGUGUGUGAAAGAGGUGCGCGGUUUCUUGGGCCUUGCGGGCUAUUAUCGGAGGUUCGUCCGAGGAUUUGCAAUCAUCAGUCGCCCCCUUACCGAUCUCUUGAAGAAGAACGUGGUGUUCAGAUGGACUCAACUCGAAGAGGCCUCAUUCAGAGAACUCCAACAGGCGUUGGUCACAGCCCCGGUGCUCGCCUUGCCGGAUUUCACUAAAACAUUCGAGCUGGAAACUGAUGCUUGCGACCAAGGAAUUGGCGCAGUCCUCUCACAGGAGAAGCACCCGAUUGGUUUCCUCAGUCGCGCAUUGGGACCGCGCAAUCGCAUGCUCUCCACCUAUGAAAAGGAAGGCCUGGCCAUUCUCUUGGCGGUAGACCACUAG